CAGUGGAGGGGCGAUGGCUCACCUACCUGCCGGUUGAGAGCUCAGUCGGUGUCCGCCAGGUUGAAAAUCCGUGACUUCUCUUCGUUUUAUACGUAACUUUUCACAGUUUUGUUAAAACGGCGCGAAAAAUGUUGAAAACGAAAAUAUGAAAUAUAGCGAGACAUAUACCGCUGACAAUUAAUUUUUAUUAGUGUUCGUUAAAAAAUUCAUCGAUCAAAUUAAUGAUAGAUAAAUUCACGUUUCCUUAAAUUUACAGAAAAACGUUCGAAUAAGUUUUUUCUGUGCGAACUUGAUAGCAGUGCAUGAGAGUGCGCGCACUAAUACAAGCGCGAUCCCACGCGUAUCGCAAAGAACGUGUGUGUGUUUACAUAUGGUGAUCUGUGUUGACUGUGUAACUAUCAUCAACCGAAUAUUGUGAUUUUGGAUUGCAGCAAAUUUUGGAGCAACUAAUUGAUGUUAUCGAUUACUUUGUAGACAUGCUUAGGUUAAACAGCAGUAAGCAAUAACAUUAGAUGACACACCGGCACGCUUAAUACACGGAUGAACAUACACUAGCGUAGUCAUGGCAAGGACAGCGUGGAUUUUUGCGUGGAUUUGCCGCCUGCUGUGCGUGUCCUUGUGCUUUCACAACGUGUCCUCGAAAGCUGGCUUGUGCGAGGUAGAGUCGGGCCAAUCCAACAUCAUCCUCGACAUCGAGGAGAGCAGGGGAGAUGCGAUCGAUCAGAAGACGGUGCCCGAGGAGCUUCCGGUAUCUGGCGACCCGUACAACGAGACCACGCUGGAAUUGAUCUUCCCCGGAAGACAGCCACGUUUCAAACUGAACGGGAAGAAGCUGCAGCUGCUCGAGCCUCUCGACAGGGACGAUGAAAAUCUGUCGCACGUCGUUUUUCAGUUGAGCUGCACGGUGAAACAGACGAACAAGAAACGGACCAUACCGGUGAUCGUUCGAGUGUCGGACAUAAACGACAACGCGCCCAAAUUCAUCAAUACACCGUACGAGACCACUGUGCCCGAGUUGACGCCAGUCGGCUCGACCAUCUUUAAAAACGUGGUGGCCGUGGACGCUGACGCCGGUGUAAAUGGUAUUGUUGAGUACUCGAUCGCUCCCGGGGACGGAACUGGAAUCGGCAACAAUGACGGAGUCGGCCGAAAUAGAAUCACAACCGCCGAUGGAUACGGUUAUUUCAGCAUCAACUUGCCUCAUCAAGGCCAAGUUACUGUUAACCGUACCCUCGACUUCGAGAGGACGCAGCGAUACCUCGUCACUAUUUUGGCCUCGGAUCGAGCGAGGAAUGUGUCUGAAAGGUUUACGUCCACCACUACACUGACGGUGAAUAUCAGGGACGACGAUGAUCAAGAUCCUUCGUUCAUCUACCAAGGCUGCAUGCUGUUGGACGGCGCGUGCAUUAAUCCGGAAUAUUCAGCGUCGGUAUGCGUACAUUUAUUCCUUUAACGCACAGUUAUGAAUUAUAUAUAUAUACGUGUUUGAACCUCGUCGAGAUGUAGACGUUGGCGCGAUAAUAAUGUUCUCGAGGG